AGUGAUUUGAUAGUGACUGUUGUGUGUCGUUUGUGUAAUUUUGUUAGAAUUUUAAUGUAAAUUGAAAUUUUCAUUCGCAUUUAUGUAUAUUUCUCGAAUGUAAAAUAAAAAAGCUUUUACAUAUACCUAUUCUUGAAAAUAAAAAUUGUUCACUUGUGUAAAUAUCGCCUGCGCGGGAAAUGUGGCUAUCUACGUUCUGUAUUCUUCAUAUCUAGAAGGUUUUUUAAAGUUUAAAUUAACUUGGAAAAAGCAUAAAAAUGAUUGCAACUAAAAAACGAGAAUCUAAACGAGCUAAGAGUAAAUUGGCGAAGAACCUGCAAAUACUUUAUAGAGAAGGAAAAUGCCGUGACUGUUCAGUGGUGGUAACGCGUAUGGACUUUGCCAAGAUACUCGGUAAAUUUACAAAAGUUAAAAUUCAAUAUGAAAGUAAUUCAUCGCCAAAAACUCCGAAAUCCCCAGAGGUUACUAAUUCCAAUGUGAAUACUAGACUUAAAAGCAAUGAGAAUGGCAUGGUUCUUAUUCGUAGAAAUGCAUACAAUCCUCACCCUGCCAAAGAACUGAAAAAUGCUAAAAAGAACAAAAAUAAUGUCACAGAAACAAAGAAAUUAUUAAUACCUAGUUCACCCAAAAGUAACAUAUUAAAAGAAAGCAAUAAUUGCAAAAAAACAAACACAGCAAAUAAAAUUGUCUCAGGAAAUAAAUCAAUACACACCGAUCAUAAGCAGUAUGCAAUUAUAUUUGUUAAUCCUACAGUAAAUGGAAAUAACGAAUGUAAAACAAAAUUAACAUUGGCUGACUUAAUACCAAAUAUCAAAAGACACAUAUUACCUUCUGAUGAAUGGUGUAUAGAAUAUUUUCCUCAAAGUAUGGAACCAAAAGAUGAAAAAAUGUAUAAUAGAAUAGCUGCAGAAUUGGAGGACCUAAUGUACAAUAAAAUAAAUAUUACCGAACCUUCAGAAAGCAAAUGUGACGAGUUCCCUUCUAUCAUGGAUAUUCUCAAUGAUAACGCAGCAGAAGCUUGUACAGACACAAAAGAACAAACAAAUAUAGCAGAACUUAAACCAAAUUUGGAAUCCAGUGACGUAGAAGCAAUGCUUCUAGGAAAACCUGAUGAAAAAGAUCUAAAAGCCAUACCAAUGGAUGUGGACAGUUCAGAUGUUAGUAAGUUAAUAGAAGAUGUCGUUCAAUUGGCCCCUAAUUCAGAAGUUGAUAAGAGCCUGACUAGUGACGAAGUAGAGAAUCCACACAGUCCAUCAAUACUUGAUGAAACUUUACAAAAAGGUAUUGAAGAGCAUUUACCAAUACCUCAACCAGAAGAACAAGACAUUAGCACAAAAGAAAAUGAUAACACUAUCAAAACAGACUCAUCAAAUAACAAUGAUAUUAAUCAAGUAGAUAUGAAAUUAGAAGAAAAAACAUGUGAAGGUAAUGAUGUAAGCAAAACUAAAGAUAAACGACUACCAGUAAAUUAUGAUGAGGUUACUGAAGUACGAUUCAAAAAAAUUGUAGAUGGUAAAUGUCCAAAGUUAGUGACAUGUCUUAAAAGUUUGUGUUAUAAUAUUAAUUUAGAGGAAAAGUCUGUCGAACUUUUAGGUGCUCCAAAAUAUAUAACUAGCAUAGAUGAUAUUCAGGUAUUAUUGCAGAUUGUUAAUGAGAGUACACUGGAGAGUUUGCAUGUAUUACAUACAAAUGUGUAAAUAAAACAUUAAGUUUGUAUUUGGACAGAUAUAAUAUAUAUAUAUACAUAUAAUAUGCAUAAAAAUAAUGCUUUCACAUAUAAUUUCUGGUUAAUAUGGUAAAAUAUAACUAUUGUUAUAUUUUUAUCUUUUACUUUGAUUGAUUGUUUGUGACAGUUAAUGUUGCCAUGAAUUUUAAAAAAUUCCUUAGGGAAUACUUUAUCACUAUAGCAAUGGAUAUGUUGGGUGUAGAAAAUCAUAUUUAUCAAUGACUAGCUGAAACUGUAAGAAGUAAUCUGUGCUAAAAAACAUACAUCAUUCUUACAAACUUUCAUUUGAUUGAAUAAGUGCAUAUAUUUGGAUAUGUGUAAAAAUAUUAUCACAUAUUAUAAAAGACCACAUGCUUUAUAUAACAUCUUAUAUAGCUGGAAUAUAACUAUAGAAAUUUUUUAAAUCAACAAUUCAGUAAAUUAUAGCUGAAAGCAUUAUCUGUUACAAAAAAAUUGUAACAAUACCUUGAGCUCGACCUUUGUUAUACCAAAUAUCAUUGGUAAAAAAUGUUAAUAUUUUAAUUAGCAUGAGUUAAUUAUGAUGUAAGUAAUAUAAUCUAAUAGACUUAAUCUUACCCAAACAAGAAAAAGAAGUGCAUUUUUAUUUAUGUAAAUUAAUUUUAAUAACUACAAUUUUUAAAGAGACAGAAAUAAAUGAUAAUAAAGAUAUUUGUUAUUUUGUUUGCAUAAAUACUGUAAUUUGACUCAGGAAAGUUUUAUUUUUAUUUUGAAAUUUUGGCAAAAAAAAAUUAUUUCUAUCUAGCAACACUAAAAAUUCAGAAACCUCAAUACCAGAUAUAAGUAGUACCUAGUAUAUAUAAAUUAAAAACACAAAAAGAUAUACGUUUUUAUCACUAGAUCUGUGUUUUUAUCUUAAUUUCGUGACAUUGUGUCCUAAAUUAAAAACAUACUUCAAAAAUUAAACUUAUUUGAUAUUGUUAUUAAUGCAAAAACGAAUUUUUUUUUUCAACUUUAUGACUUGUUAUUACAUAAUGUUAUUACAAAUCAACAUUCUAAUCAAUACAUAAUCAAAUUUAUUGGUACUUACUACUUACUAACAUAAUUUUUUCGACGGUAAUUAAGGGUAUGUACACACGGUUUCAUUUUUAUAGCUCCUAGCGACGGAUUUCAGAACUAUAUAAGUCGGCACGUUACUGUGGCGCUAUGUUAAAUGUGGAAGGGAUUAACUUCUGCGCAGGUUCGGACCAGGGCUUAAGAAAUUUGCUGCUUUAAACAAAGCCGUAACAAUAUUUUAUAAACUACCUACAUAUUUUAAUUUACAGUGAUUCCAUAUUUUUCACUUAUUGCCAAUUGCCAGAUAUAAUAUUGUUUAUCAAUUUCUGUGUCUAGUCCAUUGCAUUGGUAAUAAAUAUUAAAAAAUAAACAAUAAAAGUUGUUAUAAUAAUUUUGUGGUAACUGAAAUCAUCAAAAUUUUACACGCUAAUAAACCGAACAAUCGGAUUUUGGAUCAUUAUUCAUUAUAUAAAUUAAAUACAUUUUGAAGAACAUUAUAAUAUAACGAAAAAUGUAGCGUUUGGAGAAAAUACAUCAUUAUAAGAUCAGUUAAUCAAAACGUUGAUAGAUAAACUUAGGUAUUGAUCGAAAAUGAUGUUGCGAUCGCGAUAAAGAUCUCGAUCUAAAUUCUAAAUUUUAUUGAAUAGGUAAAGAAAAACUAAGGGUAGGUACGAGUAAUUUAUAAAUUUCUUUUUUUUUAUAUAGUAAUUUUAUAAUGAUAAGUCAAUAAUAUAAGUGUCGUAAUGUCACAGCUCACAGUAGUAGUAGAGACGUCUCAUUGAAAGUUUGGGCGGCUAUUUUCAUAGAUUUUUGAAGUGAAACUUCUUUAGGGCGCGUUGAGAGAAAAAUUUGUAAGGUCUCGUCAUUGCAAUAUCGUUACGUCGUGGAGUAAGACGACGAUUUUGGUAUCUUCGAAUCUUGCCAAAGAAGUUUCACUUUUGACACGUGUGCUCGGCACGUACGCUCUUUUUUUAUUGCUUCAAUUAGAUCAUACUUCAGUCCACACAUACACCCCUGAUACACCCUUAUAAAUACUUGUUAUUAAUAUUGCAUAAACUAGUUGCAGUAAUACUAGUGUCUGUUGGUUUAACACCUAUAUUAUAUCUGAGAAUAAUAUAUAAAUCCGUAGAAUACUGGAGAGCUGACUCUCUCAGGCUUACAUAAGUUGUUUGCACAUUUCGUAGGUUAUGUUUAUCCUAAGUUAAUUUCUUGUAAUAGAUUGUUUAAGGUUUUCAAAAAUAAAUAAACGCUAAGAUAAGA